UGGGUGUUAAAGAAGGCGUACAUGUUUCGUGCAUUCUGAUUGGCGCGGUCAUUUCACAGGCCUUGUUUGAUAACACAGAGAGGACCCACAACAUUGAGACAGAAGACGAGGGCGGCCGUCUUCAAUGAGACUCCAGCGGGUUCUACCGAGAACCUUUUGAAGGAUUGAAACUUACAGAAGGGAAAUUUUAAAACACUAAAGGUAGGGUUUUUAGCUAACACAUAACUAAAGAUGUAAGUCGGUUGUCUCUGUAUUGCUACGAAACUGCGAAAUCCUAGCCAAUGCUAGCUAGCUAGUCCGCUAAAGAUAGCAUUUAUGUUGUUUGCUAGCUAGUCGGCGCUAACACAGAAUAUGAAAUAGGCGCUAAAUGGACCUUUUGUAUUAACAUGAUUCGUAAAUCUGCACGUUAAUUAAGGACAUUGAACUACGUGACCGAUUAUGUUUACAGUUCAGUCAUGGGUUGUUGUUUUUUUUUUGUCAGCGUAAGCAGCUGAUUUUCUAGUUGUUAAGAGUUGCAUCAUGCGAUUCAUGGUUUCACUGAUACUGAUUGUCCCCAGAAAACGCAUUGAUUUAACGCUGCUUCUAUUUGUCUCUAUACCUGAAGGUCAACAGACUUUUAUUUUGACAGCGUAAUGAAACGAGUUAUGACAUAUGAGACAUGUUUGCUAAUCACGUGUUUACACACAUUGCAUCUGUAGAGUUUGUAAACACGUGAUUUCAUUUGUUACCAACAACUCCAUGUGAGAACAAACUGCAUAGUUCGCAUCGUAAAACAAUUGUUUGUUUUGUUUUUUAAUGAUCGGCUAGACAUAAGACACCAAUGCCAAAAGCAGUACAUGUUUUAUAAUCGAUGACCAAAAAAUAGUCACACCCUUUUUAGAAAAUAGUUUUCCUUUCUCUCAGUCUGAUUAAUGACUUUUUUUCGGCACUUCUCCUGCUUUAUAUUGCAAAAAUGCAUCCAUUUUUUGUAAAAAAAAAAAAAAAAAAAUCCUAACAAAAUGUAUUUUUAACGGAUAUAUUAUAAUUAAGUAUGUUUUUUUUUCAUAAGCACACUUGCAUACACCAUAGGUAGAAAUAAGUAUUAAAUAUUUCCCCUUUUGUUGUGGUUACACCACUUGACAUUUUCAAGGGAAAUCCAUCCUUCAUUUAUUUUGUAAAAAAGUUUAAAUGAUAUGUGAAAUUAUAUGAAACCAAGAGAGAUACAAAAUAUACAUUUUUUCAAACCUAACGCAAACUUUGAAAACAAUUUAUUAAAACAGUUUUGAAUUACUCAAGAUGCAAACCCUUAUCUGUCACUGACCCUUAUUUUGAGAGAUGUUUUAAAGUGUUUUUUUUUUUUGUUUUGUUUUUUUAUCUUGAACAAACACAUGUUUAGGUUAAUAUGUUGGAUAUUAGCAUCAAGCAAAGAUAAAGUUUGAACUUGGAGGUAAAUGUGUGCCAGCGAUGUCUCAGGAUACGACUUAAGACUGCUUUGAACAGCUUGCUUGAAGGAUAAAUAAGAAGUAAAUAAGAUUCACAUGAGAUUAACUUAAACUGGACCAUCACAAGUAGGUAGAACUCCAUGAAAAAAAGUGUUAUCUAAGAAUCCGUCCUAUGCUGCAAGGGAUAUUUUUUGUCCCCUUGUGAAUCUGCCAUGCCACAUUUGGGAUCUAAAACUUAUUAUUAUUUUUCAUAUGUAUAGAAAAACAAUGGUUAACUUGGUAACAACAACUUUGUAGCAUAGCAACAGUGGGGAGGGGGGGUAAGUGCCACAAAGAGACAGCAGCUGAAAUCCGGCAAAUUUAGGACAGAGGCGAAACUGAGGGGUUUCAAAGGCAUUGUGAGUAAAUAAAAAACACCUAAGCUCUAACUCAUAUAAAACUAUAACCAAAACUAUCAAAAGGACAACAUGAAGCUUGAAAUUGAGCAUAAUAUCCCCUCCUCAAGCUCUACUUACUUAGCUUUUCAAUACUUGACCACAGAUUUAAGUUAGAAAUUAGCAUCAUCUGAAUCUGCUGAACUGUUUUGUUUGUUUUUUAUUUAAGGAAUUUCAAACAUUUUCUAUUCCUUAAUGUAGUUCAGAGUCACUCUUUAUUAUUCAUAAAGAAUUGCAUCAGUAUUAAAUAAGUGAAAAAUAUCUAACAAAUUGGUUUUGUGAACCUGUCUUCAUCAAACAGAGUGUUUUGAUAUACUAAUUCAGCUCCCCAUUUUGUCUUUAGUGUCUGGACUGAAAACUCCACAGCAUCCAUUGCUUCUCUAGUGUUUGUGCUGUCAAAGGGAUGUCAGCAGCCUGUCUCGUGCGCCUGGCAAGGUGCAGUGGUCCUUAUGUUGGUCGCAGUGGUCUUUUCCCUUUCAGCAUUUCUCCACACUUAGUCCAGCAAGACAGCCAUCUCCAGUUCACACUAUUUAAGAGAAAACUUUACAGCCCUUCAGGCAAAUUGAACAGCAACACACGCUUUGAUGCAGACAGCAGUGGCCGCCCCACUACUUGGGAUUCAUUUGGCAUCUGGGACAAUCGCAUCGAUGAACCUAUCCUGCUGCCCCCUAGCAUUCGCUAUGGCACACUGAUUCCAAAGGUCAGUUUAUCAAAAGUAGGCUGUGCUUCACUCAUUGGUCAACGCAAGGAGAACGAAGACCGCUACCAGGUCUCCCAACUGACUGACAACAUCCUCUACUUUGCUGUGUUUGAUGGACAUGGAGGACCAGAAGCAGCUGAUUAUUGUGAAAAAUACAUGGAAAAAAUCAUCAAGUAAGACACGCAUCAUGUCUUUUUCAGAUACUUUAAAAGGAAGUUUAAUGUUUGUUUGUUUAUUUUUUAUAUGGUUUUGGUGUCUGAAAAUAAUCGAUGACUUCACAAAAGGGGAACAGAGCAGAUACACUUAUGUAUAAAGUCUCUUAUCUGUUGUUUCAGGGACCUUGUGGCAGAGGAAUCCAACAUGGAGCUAGUUUUAACAAGAGCUUUCCUUGAAGUAGACAAAGCCUUAGCAAAGCACUUACACUUCAUCCCCAAAGGUAGGUUCUCCCAUGUCACAUGAUCAUGUAUAUACUUUGUAUAUAUAUAUAUUUAUUUAUAUAAACGUGUGUUUAUAUGCUAUAAAACACCCUCACUUUUCUCUUUUAAAAACUCAUUUACUCAUUCUCAGGCUUUGAAGCCUUGGAUUUCCCACUGACAUAACCCGAACACUCUUUGAUAGAGGUCUGUCAUUUAACAAGAGUUACUGAAUAACUGCUGGAAAAUUAACAAGCUACAAGUAGAGCAAACGCUAGUGCCAUUCUGCCUGCAUUUACACAUACAGAGUGGGGACAAAUUAAAGGAAAAAUCUGAAUACAUAUGUGAAGAAAUUAAGCUCAAAUUCAUCUUUGAACCAUAUGAUAUGGUCUUUACUCAGCUAAACACAUUUGUGAGCCUGUGUAUCAGGGCAUGAGACAGCACACCCGAAUAAGGAAAUACCUUUUAACAAAGGUCCAGGAACUUGUGUCGUUCAUACCAGCCGACACUGAACCAACGUUUUUCUAAGACACACAAUGUUUAUAUUCCUUUAGUUUGUCACCCACCUGUUUGUAUUUUAUCAAAAGUUAUGGAUUGUUUUUAGCUUCGCAAAGCAACAAAGAAGAGUUACUUCAGCACCCUCAAACAAAUUGGUACAUUAUAAAUCGUGUGGUUUACAUGUUUCUCCAUCAGUCAUGAUACAGACUUUACAGAUUCGCUCUAUUUUGCUCAGUUUAAUGUCCAAUACCUUUUUGGUCAUUUAAAAGCUAGUAAACAUCUUAUGUGGCCGUGUAUCGACCACGCUGUGUGAAAUGUCCCAAUAUGCCUGUGUGUGUGUGUGCAUGUUAUCUACGGCAGCUGCUGACCCAGCUAAGAGCUGGAGGCCCUUGGCACCAAUGUGGAUGGCGAGAGGCUAAAUUUUGAAGGAGAGUCCAGCGGGUCCUAAAUCCUGGACUACUGGAAGGUUCCCUAUCUUUCUCUGACUCCUCUCACUUCUUUCUCUCUCUUUCUUCCCUUCUCUUCCACGUGUAUGCUAAUCUUUUUGUAAGACAGUGCUUAUGUUUGACAAGUUGCAAGAUGUACAUUGUCUUUGGCAGAUCUAGCACACGAGAUGCAGUAUGUUUACAGUUAUAACAGGAAGGAUUCAAUUUGAGUUAAUCAGCAAUUUGCAAAUAUUUCACUUUUUAAACCAGAUGCCGAGUAAACUGUUCUGGGGAGAUAUCAUCGUCACCCAGCAGGGAGAACGGCUUCGAAGAGAGUGCUUAAAGCAGAUCUAAAUAAACAGUCAACAGAGCUGAACAAACAAAAAAAGGAUUGAUGACUGUAGGUCAUGAAAUUUCAAAAAAGAAAACAUAAACAAGUGCAAACACAAAUGUGUUGCUCAGAUGAAGACCAAAAUUUAAAACCACUAGUUUGAAUAAAAUUGAAUUUUUUUUUUUAUUUUUAUAGAGGAUUUAUGUGUGCAUUAGGGAUAACACAGGAAAAUCAUCAGGAAAAAUGAGUUUUGGCAAUAAAAAAAGAUAAUUUUCAACAUUCAUUUUCUCUCUCUCAGAAAAGCUUCUCUGUGUCAGUAGCCGGUGAAGUACUAAAAGAGGCUCAACAACAUUUACAUCCAAACACCUACUAGAGUUAGGUGGAGUAAUUUCAGAGCAGCUUAGAUACACCAUAUCACCUUACAUAUGCUAUGGCUUAGACCCUGCAUAGAUUGCACAAGUAUGAAUCAGACUGUAAAUUUAACCCUGCUGUAAAAAUGCUCUGGACCUUAAUUCUGUGCUGCAACAGUUCAACCUGCAUGUGUGACUGCCUCCUCUGUUGUUUACUGUGUAAUCUCUAGCUUGCUCUUAAGUCAACUUCAUGACCCCCUCCCCCUUGUGUAUGUAUGUGAGAGUGUGAGACCCCCAUGAGGUUGUUGUGAACACUGUGGACAGUGACAUUGUGUACUGUCCUCUUUUGGUGUCUGGUUCCACCUCUGAUGUUUCCUCUAAUGUCUCUGUAGUAUCCGGGGUGAAUGCAGGAACCACUGCCACUGUGGCUCUGCUGAGGGAUGGGAUUGAACUGGUGGUGGCCAGUGUGGGAGACAGCCGUGCCAUGCUAUGCCGUAAGGGCAAAGCUCUUAAACUCACCAUCGACCACACUCCUGAGAGGAAGGAUGAGAAAGAGAGGUACACCAGUGUUGUCUGUAAAGAGAUAGUUUUGUAUUUGACAAAACAAAUCACUGAGAUAUGGGGAGGGAGGACAACGGUUCCCACAGAUGUCAGAGACAUAAGGAUGACAUUUGAUGGAUUUUGUUUGGGCUGUGUUUGAGCUUUGGAGUACAACUAACCAUGACAUCCCAGGGCUUGACACUCACUUUUUUUUUAACUUAGGAGCACAUGUACUCCUAAGUUUAAAAAAGUAAGGAGCACACAAAGAACUUUAUGGGCACAAUGAAAAUCGAUCAAAUAAUGUGUGUCUUAUUGGUGGAUAUGUCACAUAUGUCACAUGACAUGGAGGCCAUUGAAGUAAAUGUUCAAAAUUUGCCUUUAAAUGUAACACAAAUUUUUUUAGAGGACAAAUUAGGGAAAUAAAGAGGUGUGUCUUAUUGGUGGACAGAAGUACUACCAAGUACUACUAUUACUGGUCAUACGACAUGGAAGCUAUUGAAGGAAAACAGCCUUUUUUGAGAAUAUCAACGAUAAUUUAUUGAUGGUCCCUUAUCCAAGACCUGAUGUUGACAACGACGGUGCCGGGUAGAUUUAACCGCACUGCUCUUGCCAUUCCUGGUCAUGGAGAGUGGGAAGACGCCAGUAGAUCCACAGUGAAUGUCUGUCAGAUAUCCAACCUAAAACUAACUUCAUCGUGGUAUUUACAUGAAAAACAUUUGAUGCUUCGGCUGAUUUUUUUUUUGUGCAGAUGUGCCCCUAAAUACAUUUUACAAUUGGCACACAUCUAUUUUUAGUCGCACAUGCGAGUGAAACGGUCACACUUUCGAGCCCUGCAUCCUGAGUGCCUCUCAAAUAAAGAAACCUGUCAUCAGUUCUUUCUUUUCGAAGCACAGUUGCAUUGUCAGCAGAUGGGGUUGUUUAUGCAGUUAUGAGAGGGAAAUUUGUAUCAUUAUUGCAGAAAUCACCACAAGGAUCCCUGACAUCAAUGAAGCAAUUCUCUGUGUCUUUUCUGCCUCUUCACCUGUCUCAAGGGUAAAGAGAAGUGGGGGUUAUAUCACCUGGAAUAGUCUUGGGCAGCCGAAUGUCAAUGGGAGGUUGGCCAUGACUCGCAGCAUUGGAGACUUUGACCUGAAGAACAUGGGAGUUAUCUCAGAGCCUGAAACCAAGAGAAUAACGGUAAGGAUAUAAAAAUUUAGUUCAAAACUGAAGCAAAUAUUCCACAGUUGUCCACUCUGUGUUUUAAUCAAUACAACAGCUAUGUUAAUCUUACCAUAUGUGUGUCUAUUGAAUUAGUAAUAUGUAGUUUUCUUAUUGAUAAUGUUUUCAAAUAUUGUUUUGUUUUGCUUUGGUUCAGUUGCACCAUGCCCACGAUUCGUUCCUGGCGUUGACCACAGAUGGCGUGAACUUCAUCAUGAACAGCCAGGAGAUCUGCAACAUCAUCAACCAGUGCCCUGACCCCAAGGAGGCAGCUCAGAGAAUCUCUGAUCAGGUAUGAUUUAAUCGCUGGUCAUUAAUAUUGAGUUUCUCAUGGCAAAACCACACGUUCAAGUGGAGAAUGAGAUUCUGAUUCAAAUAUUUGUGGGUUAGGAGGUUGAUUUUGUAAGACAAACACGCUCAACUCUCAGUUUAAAAGAAAAUCCAUUUGAUUCAGGCUAGCAAUUUUCAGACAGUCUGACAGACCAGCCCAAUGGUUAUACAGGCAUUAUUCAUUUUGGGAAGAAAUUCAGAGUGCACCCAUGGACAGGGCUGAAACUCAGAGACAGAGUAGGACUAUUAAGCACUUUAUUAUGCAACUCUUUUCAUUUCACUUCACUUUGGGGUAGUUCGGCACCAUGAAUAAGGAGAAACAUCCAGGAGGAGAUAGAUGCAAUUCAGUCUUAGAGGGUGUCACAUUGUGUCCAAAUGUUGUGUGAGCUCUGUUGACAAGAGCUAGUAAGCAAACCUUCAUACGUUCAUCUGAUAAAUAUGGAUCUCUUCUCUUCCAGGCUCUUCACUAUGGGUCAGAGGACAACAGCACAAUUAUUGUGGUGCCUUUCGGGGCUUGGGGUAAACACGAAAGUUCAGACGCAAAUUUUUCCUUCAGCAGAAGUUUUGUGUCCAGUGGUCGCUGGGCAUAGCCAGCAGGAUGCUGAAUGAAAUGGUUCUGCAGACCAUUGUGUGUGCAAUACAAUCGAACAAGAGUGCUCUAAAAUGUUAUCCAGAUGUUAUUUUUAGUAGCAUAUUUAUUAGUCUCUGUGGGUUGAGGGUAAAUUUAGGAUAUGCACUAAAUGAAAAACAUCCUCUGUAAAGGGUUUUAUCUUCUAGAAUGCCAAUGAUCUUACAUGUGCUAAAGCUGACAAGUAUUUGAAUGGCAGGCAAGCAAACAGUCACUCUGUUAAUAUGUUGUGUUAGCAAAAGUGUUGGACUGUCUGCUGUUCAGAUUUUAAUCUUAAGCUUUUCAGCUCCUCAAAAUUCUCAAGUCGACACUUAAACAUGACUUGGAGAAGUUGUAUUCAAAAGGUAUAUCUGGAUUUUACCAGUUUUGUCAAGCCUGCAGUCUGAGAUUAUGUUUUUGAUCAUUUUCAGUGUAAACAGUUGGAAUGAAAGCAAAGAUUUAAGUGGGAAAACACUACAAUUCAUCAAAUGAGUGGAACAAGUGGAACACUCGGAUGAAACUACAAAAUCCACCUUCAUGUAAAUGGAGCAUCAAGUAAGCAGCUUUAAUAUUAAGUAUAACAAUAAGUGAACAGUUUGUGGCCAUCGCUUCAAGAGUCUUCACUUAUACUCACAGUUCAGUUAGCACCAUGUAGUGUUUAUACCCUAUUGCACAAUCUUGAUACUUGGAGAAGGAUCGAACAAAACCCAGGAUGUUCUGUCUUGUAAAUGAGUGUGAAAGGAGUUAUGUGAGGUUGUGUUAUUGUCUAAGCUUGACAUUCAAAUAGGUAUUCAAGUUUCUGCAAUUUCAUUAUUGCUUUUGCUUGUUUAAUUGUUGAUAUCUGUAUGUAGUUCAAACUGGUCUUGUUGGGGCACCAGAAGGUGUUCAGGGUACAAAAAUGUACAGCUUAUUUUUUUGUAAAUAAUUCUAUUUAUGUACGUCUGUAAAACUGUCUCUGUAACAUAUACAGUGUAACUUGUUUUAAAGGAAUCUUAUCCCGUUAUUUCCCACACAGGAACAAUGCUCAAGUGCUUGUGUUAUGUUUGCUGCACUGUUUUGACUGUAACUGGGUUAUAAUCAGUAAUUCUUGGUUUGAACCUUUUAACCUUGUGUCACUCAGUAAGAGCAAAGAGCACACUUCAUGCGACAUUAAAAAGCUGUUUGGCUUAGAGCCAUGUAUGACAAUGUGAAUGUUUGCUUGAAUGCCCUCCGUAAGUACAUAAUACUGUCAAAGUCAGAAAAGUAAAGAAGCAAUUCAGCUGUAAAGGUUUGUUUUUUUUAUUUAUGUUUUUGCCUAAUGUCAGUGUGAUCAUUUCCAGUUGGUGGGUGUUAAUCAUCAGACGGACAGUACAGUUGUGGUUCUCCAUCGCCACACAAAGUAUUGAUCAGCAUUAUUUGACUAUGUAAGAAUCAGAUUCAUUAACACUAUGUAAAAACAGUGUACAUAGUUUUCUUCAGUUUUACAUGACUAUUAAUGAAACAUUGAACUGUUUUGAGUAAAACGUCCUCCUCACAAGCCUCCUCUACUUCAAACCUGUCGGAGCCUGUUUGAAUUUUAUUCACUAUUUUGUUUCAUUGCCUCUUAAAUGUGUAUUUUAGCCAUGGAUCUGGGGCUUAACUGUUAACGGUUUAAACAGGAACCUAUCUGUACUGUAUUGUUAGUUGGCUUGUGACACCUCAAUAAAGACUUGGGAAAAACAAUGUCUACAUUGACCAGAAGUACAAUGUAGGUCCCAUACAUUAUGUUUCUUGUAAGUGGAAUUUUGUUAAGCAGCUUUAUUCAAACUGAACUGCAUUGAAGUAAAAACGGUUUUGUUUCCUGUGAAACAUGCAGUUAGCCAUCACAUUUUACAUCUGAUUUAAGUUGAUUCUUUGAUUAAUCAAGCCUCACAUAUUCAUGGUCUUGACAUGUUGGCUGUACUGAUAAUCAUGUGCGACUGUCUUCAAGUGUGAGUCAAUAAUAAACAGGUAAACAGUCAGAGAAGAACAUGAAUAGCAGAACAUGAGUAAAAAGCUUAAGUUUCCAAA